AUGUACGUGUACAUACAAGUCUUCAGUCAGAUCAACUGCAACUUAAAAUCGAUGAGCAAAAGAGGAUUUCUCGACUUGGAUGACGACAAUUUUUGGGGAAACGAUGACAGCAAGGCUGAUUUGACCAGUGAGCAGGAGGAGAGAGAAGAAGAGGCGACUCUGCCCGAUCUUGAGAAAGAUGCGGAGAACUUAGAUGAGCAUGAAGAGGACACGGAGGGCGCUUCCAAAGUUGAUUUAGAUGGUUGGGAAGACGUGGGGGAGCUGAAGAAGAAUCUGGAUGCGAAGAUCGAAUCUGGAAAUCCCUUCCAAGAGAAUUCUCCCUUCGGCGGAUUCUCCAGAACAAAUGCUGCCACGUACUAUCAGGAUGAGCAUAGCAAAAGACCCGAUCGACAAACACAAAGACGCUCACAUGAGCAAAAUCAUGGUAACGCCCAGGCUGGGAAUAAAAGUUAUUCGGUUACGAUUGAUGCCGAUCAUGCAGAUGCGCAUAUCGAGGGAACUUCUCGCAAAGAUAGGAAAGAGACAGAGAUGGCUGUGGCUGCAAAUGGCUCGAGGGCAUUGGUCCCCCUAGGAAAUCGCAGAUCAAAAGACCGGAAAAAUGCUGCAAAGCGGGAGGAAGACGAGGAUGAGAAGGAAACGUGGGAGAAAGAUUUAAGUUCACCAUCAGGAAGUAAAAGCAGUGUGGCUGAACAGUCUGGAGAUGGACCUCGAAUUGGAUGGAAUAAUAAUGAGAGAACUGACCUCAACAUGAUUGAUGAACAAUAUGUGGAAUACUAUGAAUACCUCUGUCAGGGCAUCCAGAAACUUCUAGAAAGUGGCAUAACCCUGAAUUCAGACUGUGAAUCUCGUAGCAGCACAUCAUCUUUUCAACAGCCUACAAUCUGCCGCGCACUCAAGUCAAAAUAUUAUCGACAAUACAAUCUGGGUCCAGAAAUUUAUAGCCGAAAAGUGUUCGUGGGUGGUUUGCCCAUCGAUAUCGAGGAGGAUGAAUUGGUAGAAACAUUCGCACGAUUUGGACCCCUAGUUGUUGACUGGCCUAAUAAAAACGAAACCAAGAGUUACUAUCCACCAAAAGGUUAUGUUUUUCUAAUUUUCAAUCAUGAAACAUCUGUGCGCACUUUGGUCCAACACUGUACCAUCGAAGAUGAGAAGCUUUUCCUCUUUAUCAGCUCAUCGAUGAAUGCGGAAAAGCUUAAAGUGCAAAUCCGUCCCUGGCGGCUGGCAGAUGCUGAUUAUUUAGUAGAUGUAAAUGUGCCAAUAAACCUACGUCGUGUGGUUUUCGUCGGUGGAGUACCAAGACCGAUUAGAGCAGUGGAGUUGGCACAUAUCAUGGAUCGUCUCUACGGUAGCGUUGCAUGCGCUGGAAUCGAUACCGAUGUUGAGUAUAAAUAUCCGAAAGGCGCAGGAAGAGUGGCUUUUACCAAUUAUAAUUCCUACAUGAGAGCUAUCACAGAAAGAUAUGCGCAGCUGAGCCAUGGCGAAGUUGAGAAAAGAGUAGAGAUGAAGCCAUAUGUGUUGGAUGACCAAAUUUGUGAGGAAUGCAUUCGAGAGCCAAAUGGUGGAAGGCAUGCGCCAUUUUUCUGCCCUCAUCUGGAGUGUUUACAAUACUAUUGCGAAUCCUGCUGGACGUCGAUGCAUGGCAGUCCAUCGCGUGAACAUCACAAGCCACUAGUAAAAGAAGCAUAA